AUGCCUCCUCGUACACCAACGGGGUCAUCAGGCAGUAUCCCCUCUCAAACACCGACAGGUCCAACGCUUAAGAAUCUUUUAAAAUCAGCAGAAGUCUUGUUGAAACCACCCACACCAUUAUCAUCUAACCCUACCGAGUUGAUCCAGCGAUUGAAAGCAUGCUCCAAAUCAUUGCCUAAGGAAUGGAGGAAAUCGACUCCGGAAUGGUGUCCAGAGGAUGAACAGGAACGAUCGACCGAUCAGGAUCAGACGGACGAAGAGCUGAAGAAGAGAAGAAGGGAUGAAUUGGUGUUUGUGGUCGGGAAAAGAUGUUUUGCAAUUAUCAAAUCGAUCCAAUCUAUAUUGGAGAGAGAAUUCUGGCCAAAAGAGUUGAGAGAGGCUGAAGGAUCAGGUGGUCUGAACGAGGGAGAUUUUCUACUUGGUACAGCAGAUUUACGAUUAAUACGGUUGAUGUUAUCCCACACGACUUUCUCGUACUUGUUACCACUCGCAUCUCAUUAUGCCGACUCUUUACCUACCAUCUUGUCCAAAACUGCCGAAUCACUAUCUCAAGCUUUGGAAUCGUUAUUGAGAUUAUUGAAGACGAGCGUCCCACCUACACCAGAUGCGGGACCAAGUUCAAGAACACCCACUCCACCUACGACCAUCACACAGACAUUACUCUCUUCCCAUCUCAUACCGAUCUUCUUGUCGACGUUGAUCAUAGCUUAUACACCAUCCAUACCAUCUGAGACGCAUGCGAAUCUACGAUCGGAGUUCAUUAAAGCCCUGAUGUCAUUGUCGCCAGGUCAUGCCAUAUCGACACUAGUCAAUGUGCUGAAGUUGCUGGUGCAGGAAAGUAAAGAAGGCGUAAAGCCCAACGGAUGGGUUAGGGUAUGGCCAAAGUACCCAAAAGAAAUCAUAAAUGGGUUGUUGACCGCUCAAGUGAGGAGACCAGGUGGAGUAAGAGGGUUGAUGGAAAAUGUUUUAGGGGAGACGGCCAAGACAGAUGAUGUUACUUCAAUCGAAGGUCAAAGACUCGAUCAUAUAUUCAAUGUUCUCAUCAGAACACCUCGUCAAGUCACUCCUGAUAUAUACUACCCUGGCUGCUAUCCGAGCUAUUCGCCAUGA